AUGUGGCUGCAACUGGGACUAUGGAUGUUGCUCCUUGAGGCAGCGCAUGCACGCCUCCUGAAAUUCACGAACGUCAAGUGCUUGGAGCUGCCAACAAAUGCGGGAUUCUGCCGCUACGAUUAUUGCCGCCUGAAGGUGGUGCGACGCAACCAAGUGGAGCUGUCGCUGAAGGUUACACUGCUGGAGCUGCCCAUCACGAAUCUAACUACCCGACUGCAGUGCUUCCAGCGUAGCGAUGGGUAUCGUCCCUUUCUCUACAACAUACUCUUCGAUUUCUGCAAGCUAAUGGGUGCUCGCAAAUAUCAGCUUUCAUUCGAGCGAUUCGUCUUCGAUACGAUCAGGCAGCACAGCAACUUUAAUCACACCUGUCCCUGGACUGAGAAUUACAUGAUGGUGGACAAGUUCGCUCUGGACAUAAACAAGAUAAAUAUGCCGGUGCCACCAGGUGUCUACCGUCUCGACUUUACCUUCUAUGCCUAUGGCAUUGCACGCAGCCUAACGCAGGUCUAUUUCGAGAAAAUUGACUGAGGCUAGGGCAUUACGCAGCCGUUCAAUUCAGUGGUUGACGUUAGACUUCAUCUGAAUUCAUCUAUUUUCUAUAAUAACAAUAAAAUGAUUGUCUGGGCAAGUUAAGGCCAAUCAAGUCAAUAAACAAUUACUGCUAACACAUAGAACCAUAUAUU